ACAUUUGAUUUGUUGGAUCAGUUGGACGUCGAGUACAAGAAGUUGUUAUCAUCUAAAAAGCCUAACAAUGGAGCUGUGGAUGAGAUUACCAGCACUUCUUCGGCUAACAGUAAAGCCGAUACAAACAAACCGGAUGUCGAAGACAAUGAGACAACGACUGAAGAGUUACCACAAAAUGACAACCAAUCGAGUGAUGAGUCCAUUGGCGACCCGAUUGUCAUAAAGACUGAAAAGCCUGAUCUCGUGUCCACACAAACCACACCUCAAACCAAGAGAUCUCUCGAACUGAAGAGUUACCACAAAAUGACAACCAAUCGAUCCAUUGGCGACCCGAUUGUCAUAAAGACUGAAAAGCCUGAUCUCGUGUCCACACAAACCACACCUCAAACCAAGAGAUCUCUCGAUGGCCUGAACUCAUGUUAUGUAUCCGUCAAACGGCUGAAACUGAUCCCAAAAGUGGUGACAAUGAGUGACAUAAACGCGAGUCCAAGAGCUGUGGAGAUCAAGACGACUCCUAAACCGCUGAUUAAACAGGAAAUUACAUCAGAAAGUGGUUCCAGUAGUGGUGUCGCUAACCCAGUGGUCAUAAGACCUUACACUAAGACAAAGGCCCCGAACAUGGCUUUCCUCAAAGACGUGACGACACCCGCUGUCUGUGCCAUCAGUACCUGCGAUGAGGUGUUCAACGAUUUGAGACAAUACUGCGACCAUUGGUUCGCGGCUCACGUUCAGAACCAGUCUUCGCCGCCAUUCAAGUGUUCAUUCAGUGACUGCAGGGUAUGGGUGGAGACUGCGGAGGAAUAUCAGCGCCAUUUGGACGACAUUCACAACAUCUAUAAGUGUAAUAUCUGUGGGAAGGGAUUCGCUAUGGAAGUGAUGCUCUCGAAGCACGAGAGGUCGUGCACUUUGGCAUCAAAACUGAUGCAUUGGUGUACAGUAUGUAAGCAGAGGUACCAAACCAACGAGGAAUUGGAUCAACACAUGACUGAUUGCCACGUGAUGUGCGAGACGUGCCUCACGUGGCAUACGGACGACGAGCUACUCCUACGCCAUCAGCAGAUGUAUGAGCGGACAGACAUCCACCACUUGUGCGGACAAUGCCAUCAAUUGCUGCUAACGGAACAGAAUCUGGUUUUACAUAACCAUUGGAUGCAUAACCAACCGCUCGUCAGAUGUACGGACAAUGACUGCGAUUACGUGACUGAUAACGAGUCGGACCUCCAGUCCCACGACUGCCGGCCCUCCCAUACCAAGAGCCGCAAAGCCGUCGCUAAAUGGCAUUCCUAUUGCUUUCUGUGUCCACACAAACCCAAAAUGAUAUCCGAAGAGAAACUUCGCGAUCACCUGAUGGCCGCGCAUAAGAUCCAUAGGAAGUCAAUGCCAUACCUGUGCCGCCGGUGUCCGCUAGUGUUUGAAGUGUUGCCCACAUUCGUGAAGCACGUGAGCACCUGUACGUCCGACUCCGCCGAGUGCUACGUUGUCUGCAGAACGUGUCACUCGUGGCACAAGAAUAAGGAGGAACUCAUACGACACUCGCAGUUGUUCUCGAGGACAGACAUCGACUACAUGUGCGGCGAAUGCCAUCAAUUGCUGAUCACUGAAAACAAUAUGGUUUUGCAUAACCAUUGGAUCCAUGCGAAGCAUCUAAUGAAAUGCAAUUCAUGUGAUUUCGUGACCCACUCUGCGGUACAUCUGGGAAAGCACAAGAAGUACCACAACAAGGCAAUCAAUUACUCCAAGCAAGUGAUAUUCCCAUGCUUUGAAUGUCAGCUACAGUUCACCACCGAAGACAGGGUUAGGAAUCACUUGAAUGACAUCCAUAAGUAUCCGAGGAAUGCCAUGCAAUACUUGUGCAAAACGUGUCCACAAGUGUUUGAGUCCAAGAGUCUUAUGCUGAAACACGUGGACACCUGUCGCGGACCAAAGGCUUGCCGUUUAGUAGAUACUCAUACCUCGAGUGAUGAGUCGGACCCGGGGUGGCCUAACCUGGAUAAUCCAGUAAAACAAGAAUCACCUGAUAGCGAUUCCAAUGACAGCCAAUCCAAGAGUAACUUUCAAUUGAUUACAGAAUUAUUGUAUUCAAAGGAUAAGCGAAAAAAGUGA